CAUUAGUAGUCGAACAACUCACGGUAAACCGGUGGGUUCGCGAUGAUGCGCGAGAAAAUGCGCUUCUCGACGCGAGUUUCCGCUUUCCCACGACAGUAGUAGCAACAAAACCCGCGUAGUUUCCAGUGAAACCCUUCUCGGUCGGAAAAUUUAUUUUCUUCUUCUUCUUAUUUUGGAUUUAAUGCAGCGACGACGGUUACGACAAAGGGUGAGGGUGACGUAACAUUUGGACAAGUGCGAACAAGUGAGACAAUAAACAAGACCGAAGUGGCGGGCGUGAAACAAUGCAUACUAAAAGCGGGUUGGAUCAAAUGUCAAGAAUUCCUUUUAGUCCGGGUUUCCAGGGUCCAGAGUGAGCGUGGAUCGCAGAAUGCUCCUCUGAAAAGAUGUCCUAAUAUGGGUCAGCCUUGGAUGUUCCUUCGUGCUGCUGCGAUUUUACUAGUGACUAGGCAAACCUUGGCACUAUCCGACAUCUUCGAAGAAGGAAAAUCUGACAAGGAAAUCCUCGAUAACCUUCUAAGGGCUACACGCUAUGAUAAAAGACUGUUGCCACCAGUUAGAGGUUCACUCACAGUCAACGUAAGUGUACUUUUAUUAAGCUUGGCAUCUCCUGACGAAUCUAGUUUGAAAUACGAGGUGGAGUUUCUCCUGCAGCAACAGUGGUACGAUCCACGGUUACGAUACUCGAACCAGAGCGAGUACAAUUAUUUGAACGCGAUCCAUCAUCAUGACGACAUCUGGCUUCCGGAUACGUAUUUCAUUAUGCACGGCGAUUUUAAGGAUCCACUGAUACCCGUCCAUUUUAGCUUGAGGAUAUACCGGAAUGGAAGCGUCAAUUAUUUGAUGCGAAGACACUUGAUCCUAUCCUGCCAGGGCAGCUUGAACAUAUUCCCAUUCGACGAUCCCAAAUGUACAUUUUCAAUGGAAAGUAUAUCGUACGAGAUAACCUCAAUAAACUACGUGUGGAAAAAUGACGAGGAUGUUCUUCGAAAGUCGCCGAGCUUAACAACACUUAACGCUUAUCUAAUUAAGAAUCAGACGCUCGAGUGUCCUAUACAGUCUAGUUGGAGAGGUAACUACAGUUGCCUUCGGGUCCACCUGAUAUUCACCAGGGACCGAGCGUUCUACUUUACCACCGUCUUUAUUCCAGGAAUAAUAUUGGUGACGUCAUCGUUUAUUACGUUUUGGUUGGAGUGGAACGCUGUGCCAGCCAGAGUCAUGAUAGGCGUAACGACAAUGCUCAACUUUUUCACCACCUCGAACGGAUUCCGGUCAACUUUGCCGGUGGUGUCGAACCUGACCGCCAUGAACGUUUGGGACGGGGUCUGUAUGUGUUUCAUCUACGCGUCGCUUUUGGAAUUCGUCUGUGUAAACUAUGUGGGACGCAAACGACCCCUUCAUAACGUAGUUUAUAGGCCUGGGGAGAAUCCCUUUACGCAGCGUUUGCCGGCUGUGCUGAGCAGGAUAGGCAUUAUACUGGCCAGUCCAUUGGACAUUGUCGAACAAGAAUACUUUUCUACUUUCCGUGAAAGUCCCAUAAAUCAGCCGUUCGUAAGUGAAGGUGAUAAAAAGCGAGAGUCAACGACAGUGGUCGCAAACGAAAUCGUGACUUGCCAAAACUGUGGACCAAAUCCGUGCACGCAUACUAAUAAUGGGUGUCCAGCUGCAGAGGGUUCAACUUUGCAGGUCAGAAAGAAGGAACCUCCUCAUCCGAUCAGAGUGGCGAAGACAAUCGACGUAAUAGCGAGGAUCACCUUUCCUACUGCUUUUGCGGUUUUUCUCGUGUUCUUCUUCUACCACUACAAGAGCUUUACAAAUACACACGAGUGAAUAUGGAACAGGAGGACUAUUGUAACCCGCUUCGUUACUAAAAGACUUUUAGAGAAAGAUGUCUCUUGGUACUGAAGCGGAUGGUGAGAACGCGUGCCUAUAUAUUUGUAAAAAAAAAUUAUUAAAAAUGUUAUUAGUGAUAAACGGCUUGACGGUACAUAUCAAGCAAUAUUAGUGGACUUGUCGGAAAUAUGUACUUAAUUUAUUACGUAUGAAAAAUUAUUUUCGAGAUUUUCGCAAAGUUCGCAAUACGAGGUAGCUCUUGAAGCACUGUAUAUAUACCAAGAUGUACUUUAGAUUUAAUAAGCGUUCGUUCUGCGUCAUUUAACUUACACCAAAAUUAGGGUAAAUUAGUGUAUGUAUACAUCCGCGUGAAUAAUUUGUUUUUUCGAUAUACUAUUGCAGUCUUAUGAAAAUAAUUGUUGAAGUUAACGCAAGCUAGGGAUGUGAUUAAAGAAACCUUUUUUUGGGUGCAUUUUUUUAACCAUCGGUAAAAUUUUAAUUUAUUAAAGCAGAAGUAAAUCAACUUGAUCACUAUCAUGGUGACAUAGUCAUGACAUGGUAACAUAGGCGCAUAUCAUACAUUGUAUUUCUUGUACGUUGAGUAUGAGUUGGUAAUUUUGUAUUUCUUCCAGGCUGUCAGGGAACCAAGGCUUCAACUGCCUGGAAGAAAGACAAUAUGACUGAAAGUACCUAUGAAGAAAGAAUACAGAUUUCUGGCCUAGAAAACGCAAGACAUUUGCGCAAAUAAUUUAUUAACAUUUGAGAAAAGUGUGAAGAACUGACUAGUUAAAGAAAUUUUUCAUUUCUUCCAGGCAGUUGAAGCCUGGAAUUGCCGGACUGCCUGGAAGGAAUAAAAAAUUACAUUUCAGAUAGUCUGGAAUAAAGACAAUAUGACUGAAGGUGGCGGUGAAGAAAGAAUACAGAUAUCUGGUCUAGAAAACACUAAAAACUUACUCAAAUAAUUUAUUAAGGUUUCAGAAAACUGUGAAGAACUGAAGAGUUAAUGUAAUUUUUUAUUUCUUCCAGGCAGUCCAGGAAUUCCAGGCUUCAAGUGCCUGGAAGAAAGACAAUAUGACUGAAAGUACCUAUGAAGAAAGAUUACAGAUUUCUGGCCUAGAAAACACUAAAAAUCCGCUGAAAUAAUUUAUUAACAUUUGACAAAAGCUUGAAGAACUGAAGAAAUUUUUCAUUUCUUCCCGGCAGUUGAAGCCUGGAAUUCCUGGACUCUCUGGAAGGAAUAAAAAAUUACAUUUCAAAUAGUCUGGAAAUUACAGGCUUCAACUGCCUGGAAGAAAGAAUACAGAUUUCUGGCCUAGAAAACACUAAAAAUCCGCUGAAAUAAUUUAUUAACAUUUGACAAAAGCUUGAAGAACUGAAGAAAUUUUUCAUUUCUUCCCGGCAGUUGAAGCCUGGAAUUCCUGGACUCUCUGGAAGGAAUAAAAAAUUACAUUUCAAAUAGUCUGGAAAUUACAGGCUUCAACUGCCUGGAAGAAAGAAUACAGAUUUCUGGCCUAGAAAACACUAAAAAUCCGCUGAAAUAAUUUAUUAACAUUUGACAAAAGCUUGAAGAACUGAAGAAAUUUUUCAUUUCUUCCCGGCAGUUGAAGCCUGGAAUUCCUGGACUCUCUGGAAGGAAUAAAAAAUUACAUUUCAAAUAGUCUGGAAAUUACAGGCUUCAACUGCCUGGAAGAAAGAAUACAGAUUUCUGGCCUAGAAAACACUAAAAAUCCGCUGAAAUAAUUUAUUAACAUUUGAGAAAAGUGUGAAGAACUGAAUAGUUAAAGAAAUUUUUCAUUUCUUCCAGGCAAUUGAAGCCUGGAAUUCCAAUUUAUAAAAAUAGUUAUUGGCACCCUGAACAAAUGUAUCGAUAGACCCACUUAACCCCUUGCAAUCUUGCUGAAGGAUAAUAAUCUUCGAUUCUGAGAAUAUUGUAUAUGUGCACACAUCCCAGAUUCUGCGGUCCUAGGUUCUGAUCUACAAAAUCAUAUACUCAGAAGUCAAUAACAAAACAAAUAUUUUAAAUAAACAUUGAGCUUAAAAAACAACAGCCAAAAACUAAAACAAAAAUCUUUAAAAAAUAUAAAAACACGGUGUGAUAAACUUAUAAAUUAUUGAAAUAAAUAUUUUUCAGCUAUUUAAACUAUUGAUUAGUCGCUUAAUCAGCUUUACAUUACGCACAUAAAAAAUAAAAGCAAUAAAUAUUCAAGUGUAAAAAUAAAGAAUAUUCAGUCAUCUUUUUUGUAUCUCUAUUCCUAAAAAAGAAAAAAAAUAUCAAUAUUGGUAAUAAAUUAAAUCAGAAUAUACAGUUUCGAAAUAAAUAGUAAAAACAAUGAAUUAGAUAAAUCAUAGUAUGGUAAUAUCAUAAUGAAGACAGAUUAGAAUUAUCCAAUAUUGGUACUUACAUUUCUCCAUUAAAGGAGCUCUAAUGCUUUAGCUAAAACACAUCUUUAACUGAUUUUCAGUUCCCACCUUAAAUUGACGAUUUGCUUGCAAAUGUCUAAAAAAAGAUUUACAGUAAAAAAAAUUAAUGCACUAAUGGUUCCAAUUGCAGUAACAUAAUUAUUUCAGAUUCUGGCAUUGAUUGAAUAGUAUCAUUUUAUGAUAUUAGCUAAAAGAUAUAUUAUAUUUAUCGAUACUUUAUGAUUUACCUUUUAUUAUACCUAUACAGUAUACAUCCAUAUCUUGAUUACCUAUACAUGUUUAAGAUUGAUACUUGAUGUUUUUCUUGUUUUUACAAUACAUUGUUUUUCACAAAUUCAUUAGCAUCUUGUGACAUUUGCUUGGUAAAUAAACAUGGUAAAUUAAACAUCCUAAUACAUUUUUGUAAUUGUUAUCACUAAGACAAUUAUUAAAAUAGAGUAAACCUAAUAAGAAAAUUAAAAAUUGAUUAAUACAAUUGUUGUAAUUGUAAAAGUCUUCUAUGUCUGAAUGGCAAUAAACUCGGGCAUCUUUAAUAUGUAAUGGUCUCUAGAAAAAAUCUAUCACUAUUAGGCCAGUAAAACUAUGGGUCCAACCCGGAACAAAUUUGGGACUAGCUGAAAUUGUCAGGAUACCUUCUGUAGGUUGUCGACAAUGUUUCCUCAGAAAUCGCACUAAAUCGCAUGGGCGGUACUCGCCCAAUAGGGCUUUAAACUAAAAAAAAGUGCUUUUUUAUUAUUUUUCAAAAAUAUCUAAGAAACUAUUAUCUUUUUUAAAAAUCUACAAGAAAAAAAAAUUAUUGCCAAUAAAAAUACCUACAAAACAUUUUUUUGUUUUUUAAAAUCGGCCUAAAAACAAAAAAGUUAUGGGCUUAUAAAAAUUGAGCCGAUUGGGCUUGGAUUCUAUUAAACUGCUUUUGAUAAAUUCGACUUUAUUAACGCUGACGCAAAUUAAUUGAAUGUUUUUUAUAAGAAAAAUAUGGUAGAUUUAAUAUUUUAGGUAAAGCGUUAAACUCAAAAAUAGGUAAAUAAUACUAUGCUAAAAUGUGCUGCUAUUUACUCGUUUAAUAAUAAUCUCAAAUAAUAUUAAAAAAAAAAACAGAAAUAUAGUAUAAAACUAAAGUCUGUAUGGCAUGGUACCUAAAUGACACUUUUUAAAGAGUUAGGCCAGUUGUAUUUAUUAUUAAAUUUGAUACCAAACACAGUAAUCGUCUCAUACAGUCAUGAACAAAAGUAUACUUACUUUAUUAAAACAAAUUUUAAUAAAAGAAAAAGAAAUUAUUCUAUAGAUUCAUCAUUUUCAACAAAAGACACAUUUGUUGCAUUGUCACAAUACUGUCCAAUGCAAAUUGUACAGCUUGAUGAACAUUUAAUUCCUACCUUUUUGCAGAUACACGUUUUGGAGCAUACUGACUUGCAUCCACAAAAUAAUAAUUUUAUAAUAAAAUCGGGAGCGAUGUCCUUACUGUUUCUUUGUGGGUCUAAGUAACCGUCCUUUUCCACCCAACCCCACACUCUUGGAUCUAAAUUAUUUCCCAACCAUGACUGUACCUGAAGGUAAACCCUUUUAAGAUGUAAUUGAGCAGCUUCAGUUGUCGGGGGUAAAGAAGCUAGCUCAAAGUUACUACACAGUUUUUGGCGUGCAAUUACCUGAUUGUAUUUUACAUACCUAAAUGAGUUUAAAUUUUGACUUCUCCUACUGCCGUACCAUUUUAGAAUAAAAUUUUCUCCUAAUUUUAAUAAAGUGGCAAUAUCACUGAAUACCCCUUUAAAUUGAAGUAAAUCUUCGGAAAGCUUUUCAUUUUUAGACAAAACAAUUAAAGCACUUUUUUUUGCCCUUUUUAAAGAAUGCCGAUGUGGUAUCGCAACCCGACAUUGCAUGAACAAAUAAUAUGUUUUUAACUAUUGCAGGAUCUAAAUUCGAUUUUAAUGUAUGUAUAUUUGUUAUUUUGUCCAUUUUGCCUGCAACACCUGGUCUAAAAAGCAAAUAGAAGUUUUAAAUAAUUUACAAUUUUUUACUUGGUUGUGACAUUCGGCAUUGGUAUUAUAUGGCAAUGUUGGAUGUUCGGUUCCAACUGAAGUAAAGUAAUAAUUAGGUAUCAUGUGUUUUUUUUACAAAAUGGUUCAAUUUUUAGAUAUAAUUGCAGCUCAAGCCGUAAUGGCCUAAUAUUUAAAGGCCCAUAAGUUCUUUGUUUUUAAGGUGAUUUUGAAAAACAAAAAGCGGUUUUGUAGCUAUUCUUAUUGGCAACAAAUUUCCCCUUAUAAAAUUUUUAAAUAGUUUAUAUUUUUUGAGAUAUUUUCAAAGAAAUAAAAAAAAAUACGGUUUGUUAGUUUAAAGUCUAAUUGGGCAAGUACGACCCAUGCGAUUUAGUGCGAUUUUAAGGAAACACUGUCGACCAUCUAAAGAAGGUAUCCUGAAAGUUUCAACUUGUCGCAAAUUUGUUCCGAGUUACCCCAUGUAAACACCUUAGUUUUACUGGCCUAUAUGUAAUAAUGUGUCAUAUUCUCUAGAGAGCUCUCCUAACAAUCCUAACAAAUAAUCUAAACUUUCCAGAUAACAUACUUUUUUAUUGUUAUAAAACUAUAGUUCAACUUAGUAUCGGAUAUUUUUAUUUAUUUAAAAUUAAACUAUAGAAAACUUUUAAAAACUUUAUUAAUUAUUCACACAACACCAACAUUUAUAAGAAUGAGGUAAAAAGGGAUGGAUGUAUCGAUACUAUUUGGAAUUUCGAUGUACGGGUUCAAAAAUGUAUUUGUUUUUCUUUUUUUUCUCAUUCCCAUGUAUUGACUAAAAACAUGGUAACGAAUUAUGAACGAAGCGUUAAAUAACGCAAAUUUAACUAUAGGAUAUGUUAGAUAUGUACCUAUUACAUUGGUUUAAAACGUUCAGUGUAAUAUUAUAACGCCGUAUCAAUACUUACUACGAACUUCUAAUAUGGAUUCCUAAGAUAAAAUGGCAAUGGCAAGAAAAGAGAAAGCAGGUUUUUAACGACACAAAAAACGAGUUCGAGAGAGUGAGGCACAGUAAACGAACAAUAGUACGGAAUCGCUGUAGCAAAAUUUGAUAAAAAAAUAAAAUAUGAUAAAUAAUAAUAAUUUUUAAAAUAGUAUAUUAACUAAAAAAUCGAAAGACAUAUUAAAUAUAGGUACUACCUUUCACAAAAGCAGCUGAAAUAUCUGACAAAAGAUGAAAAGUGUAUAUUCUCUGCAUAUCUGCCCGGAAUAUUGCUUUUGCAUAUACGAUAUUUGGCAUAUUCGUGGGAUAUUCCAGUCAUAUUGCAAUAUAUUUCGUCAAAUGAGUAUAGUCGGAUAUUGUACAUUAUAUAGAGGUUUUCUACACAUGCGUAUGGUUACCAAAGCUAAUGACCUCUAAAACUAAGCUAAACUUCCAGGGGCUAUAUUUCGAAAACCAUCACUCCCACAAAAAAAUUACUCUAACAAUUCUUGUUGUCCUUAAAAAACUCUACAACUCUUAUAACAGGCUUCAUGACUUUAACAUCAUACUAACUAAGAUAUUAAGGAUAAAGUGAGAGUAAGCGGUGACAAACAUAAUUUGCAUAAAGGUGAACUUCCAGGAGCUCUAUCUCGAAAACCGUCACUCACACAAAAAAAAUUACUUUAACAAUUCUUGUCCUUAAAAAACUGUACAACUCUUAUAAUAAGCUUUAUGACUCUAAACUCAAUACUAACCGAGAUAUUAAGGAUAAAGUGAGAGUAAGCGGUGACAAACAUAAUUUGCAUAAAGGUGAACUUCCAGGGGCUCUAUCUCGAAAACCGUCACUCCCACAAAAAAAAUUACUCUAACAAUUCUUGUUGUCCUUAAAAAACUGUACAACUCUUAUAAUAAGCUUUAUGACUCUAAAAUCAAUACUAACCGAGAUAUUAAGGAUAAAGUGAGAGUAAGCGGUGACAAACAUAAUUUGCAUAAAGGUGAACUUCCAGGAGCUCUAUCUCGAAAACUCUCACAGAAAAAAUUACUCCAAUCAUUCUUGUAGAUCUCACUAAGAUCUAGCACUUUUAUUUGUUCCUCUAAAAAUGCGACUUUAAUUAACUUGAUUUUAUUGUGAGCGUCUUUUUCUUACCGCUAACUUCAAGCUCAGCCCCUUACAAAAAUUUAAAAAUUAUGCCGCUUAUUUUAAAUGAAUUUUUAUUAAACGGUUGAAAGUGUUUAAAUUUUUGUCAUCACUGUCAAAAGUCCAAUAUGUACGAAAUAUUUUUUUCUAAUUUACUCCAUUUAUCACAUUUUUUUAUACUCGCAUAAAGGUGAACUUCCAGGGGCUGUAUCUCGAAAACCAUCAUUCUGACGGAAAAAAUUACUCUAACCAAUCUUGAUGAGCUUAAAAAAAUCUAUAACUUCUAUAGAGACCUUUAUGACUCUAAAAUUGAUACUAACUGAGAUAUUAAGGAUAAAAGGUAAGUAAGCAGUAACAAACUUAAUUUGAAUAAAGCUAAACUUCCAGAAACUAUAUCUCGAAAACCAUCACUCUUAUAAGAAAAAUUACUUUAACCAUUCUUGUUGACCUUAAAAAAGUCUACAACUUCUAUAAUCAGCUUUAAUACUGUAAAAUUAAUAUUAACCGAGAUAUUAACGAUUAAAUGUGAGUAAGCAGUUCUAAGCUUGACUUGCAUAAAUUUAAGCUUCCAGGAUUGGACGUUCCUGCCCUAAUGGAUGAUAUUUCCAUAAGUGUUUAUCAGCAUAAUUUUGAAUGCUGUAAAUAAUAUUCUUUUGAAAAUCAUAAUUUUGAAGGUCACCUAGGUAGAUCAGACUUUGUCCUUGUACUUUAAAGCCUUAAAGCGCUGAUAUUUCUACUAGACUAACUUGAAUCCACAAUAAAAAAUUUAAAGAAAAAAUUAAACUUUUUUUGGAUAUUAUGCUUUAUAUUUCAUCAAAAUAGUCUUAGUAGUUCUUCGGAUUUUGGACUUUCAAAUGGGCGGUAUAUAGAUCAGACGUUGUCCUUGGACUUCACUGUCUAAAAAAGUCAAUAAUUCCAAAAAUAUAUGUUAGAUCACUUUGAACUGUAAACAACAUUUGUAGACAAUAUAUUUCUGAGUAGCAUAUUUUCUAUUUUAUGAGGAAACUAAACUGUUAUUACUGUAAUAUUGAUAUUAACUGAGAUUAAUUAGUCUGGUAGUCCCGUUUUUAUAGAUUCUGUACCUUGUUCAGGACACAAUUCGAUCGGAUCUUUUUUUCUAAUUUCAUAUGUGAAAUAUUUUUUCCAGGCAUUAAAAUAAUGAAAGAAAUGCAUCCAAAAGAAGUAGUCAUGGAUUUUUCACUCGAAAUGUGAUAAUCACGAAAUGCGCUUUAAACUAGUGUUUAUAUAUUUUGUUUAAGCAUUUUAAUAAGAAAUAGAAAAUCUAUGUUCUUUAAGCACCUUUUCCCAAUUGUUUCUUUUAAAAAUUUUUGGCAUAAUAAAACAAUCAAAUUAAUUGCAAAUCAGUUUUUCUAUUUUUUAUUAAUUAUUAUUAUUACAAUUAUAUAGAGCAUAAUUUAUUAUUUAGAACCCAUAUUUUUAUGAUCCACUUUAUAAAUGGGCUAACUCUUAUACAUUAGAUUUAAGAAGGAAAAAAAAACAUUUCUGUGAUUGUAGAUGAUAUAGACGAUCUUUAAAAUUACUAAGUUAAAAUAUUUAUUGUAAAUAUAAAUCAUCGUUUUAAUUUGUACCUGACUUAUUUCUAUCAUCUUUCAAUUUUUAAAAAUUAUUGCCUAGUCACUAGAACGUUAGAAAACUCUAAAUGUUGUUAUAUUUAUUAUAUUAAUAUUAUUUAUUACACUGUUAAACAUUUUUAAUCGUAGUUUAUCUCAUUAUAAAGUUUACACUGCAUUCCGACUAUAGUUGUAAUUCGAAAUUAUGCCACUUACUAUACUACUGCAGGCACUAAUAUAAGAAUAAUAUAUAAGACAAAAGUUCAAUUUUUGUAUUAAGUUUUGGAUUAAGGAAAUGUACUAUCAUAGGUAGUACAUUUCUGCAUAACUUUUCAAAUGUUGUUUGUUCCUCUUCCUGAGAGUCUACAGUGUCCUCUCGACUUUUCAUUAAUUGCUCAUAGUAAAAUCAGCUCAUAUUUAAAAUAAGUUCCUGGAGGAUUAUUUUUUAAUCCAGUUUUCCACUGCUGCUUUGAACAGUCUUUGAAACCUGGCUACAAUCAGUUUGUAAACCAAGGUAAGAUUCCAGGACAUUUAUAACUGCAUCUAAACUGCCUUUAAUUGCAUUCAUUGCCUCUAGACUUUGUGAAUAAAUGAAGGUCUUGUAUGUAACUAAUUGACUCUUGGUACCGUUAUUUCUACUUCUAUAAAAAUUUAGAGCAGCUGUAAAUUCAGAGGAUACUUGACAGCUAUGACACUAAUAAAUUUGAAAUUGAAGGAACUUGAUACAAAAAUGAUUCAAUUCGAAAUGUAUGUUGGUCAAACUAAAUCUUGAUCAAAGUGUUUUUCUUUAAUAUUCUAAAUGAUAAUGUGUAGUAUAUUUGCCUUAGGCACAUAUAGAGCAAAACCUGUGAUGAUGACUGAAGAGCUAUUAUGCUGCUUUCGAACCAAUUUAGAUAUUAUUAUGUGUAAUUUGAUAUCCCAGAUUAUUAUUGAAGGUAAUGUAAAGUAUAAUUUAUUAGAUCUACUGUUUGGCAUUAGGUUUUUAAUCUAACAUGUUUAUAAGAAGACCUAAUGCCAAACAUAUUUUAAUAUACUUAAUUUAACUUAAGCAUUAGGGCUUUCGUUACCAAGCCUUUCAUGCUUUGUCCUACCUUUAAAUGCAAUAAAGAAACCCAGUAAUUAAGAAAUCGAUGCUACUUGUGGCCUUAACAAUUGUGCGAUAAACUAUUCCUAAUUAUAAUGCUUGUAAGUUAAUAAAUUUUAUGUAAGUUU